AUGCUCAGGUGGAAUAAACAGGGCUCGAUAUGGCUCGCCCUUGUCGCUAUACUGGUCAACUUCAUUUCCUCUCAUACCUGUUCAGCGAUACAGUGUAAUGUCUUCCUUGCCGAGUCAACAAUUCCGAAUGCUGGCCUUGGGAUUUUCUCAGGUGUUGAGCUAAACCCUGGAGACCCUGUUGGUAAUGGAGACGUUUGUAUACCCAUUUUCAACGUUGAAAAACAUCAUGAGGAACCGUCUGAUGCCAUAAAUGAUUAUGUUUGGGCUGGCGAAGUUAUGGGCAUGAAAUUGGAGGCGGCACCAGACUUGAUUGAAGCAAACUGCCUAGGCCUUGAUAGUGCGCUCAAUUGCAACUUAGCACUGAUCAAUGUAGCACGAGCAAAACCAAAAUACGAUGAUGCUGGAUUGCACCGGUCCCAUGACCCAGCGGCGGGAAGCAUAACGCCUUACCACAAUGGCACAACAAGAGCGACCAUUAAAGUUCCAAUCGGAGGAGAAUUGUUUAAGCAUUACGGCGACGAAUGGUUUAAAGGACGACCAGAUUUGUUUGGAGAAUCUUUCCCAUUAACCGAAGAUUUCGCAUCAGCUGAGGAGAUUAUAAACGAUGCCUUCAGCUUUGGAGAAGAAACAGCGAGGAGUAUCCUCGAAGAAGUUAUUUUUCCAAUGCAAAGGAUAUGGGGCUCUAGGGUGAUGAAUGCAAUACCAAAAACGAUUGACGAGGCAAGCAUUGCCUUUCGUGAAGGAAUUGAAAUGGUAUAUCAACCAAAUGCGACGAGAUCUAUCAACUGGCUGCAAGAACAUGGAAAAUGUGUCGAUCAUAUCAUACCAAAACAGUCGACAAUUGAGGGAGCCGGGCGAGGCGCUUUUGCUAAGAGGGGCCUUCCAAAAGGAACCAUCAUUACUGGUUCACCGCUUCAUCACAUUCCAAUGAAAGACAAUUUCAUACCAAUAUUCCGGACACUUCGCACGGAUGCAAAUUCAGAUGAAGCGCCCAGACGAGAAAUAGCAGGCCAACAGCUUUUGCUGAACUACUGCUUUGGCCAUUCAGAGUCGACCUUACUACUCUGUCCAUACGGGGCAGGUAUUGGAUACAUCAAUCACAACCAAACACGAACGAACGUCAAGGUUGUAUGGCCAGAUGAUGGACUGAUGUCGCAUGACGAGACAUGGCUGCGGAAGCAACCAGAGGAAAUGAUCGAAUUCAGUGGUGCUCAUUUGGCAUUAGACUAUGUGGCGACUCGAGACAUUGCUGCUGGAGAGGAAUUGUUUUUGGAUUACGGCGAUGAUUGGGAAGAGGCAUGGAAUGGACAUGCAACAAAUUGGAAAUCGGAGAGAAUUUGGUCCAGUAGCUAUGCCUCAGCAAAACGGUGGAAUGAAAAGGUAGAUGGUAUUCCGCUGAGAACAGCAGAGGAAACUUCAACAGAUCCGUAUCCUGCAAACUUACAUGUCCGGUGCCACUCCGAACUUGACGAAGACGACUGGGGAUCUUUUGAAGAAUGGCCAGCCUCCGAAUAUGGCUACCCAUGUGAGAUCAAGGAACGAAAGAAAGACACAAAAGGUCAGGACAUCUACAGUGUCAGGCUUGUAACCGAGAAGUAUGAUCGUUGGGAUACUGAAUUCGAAAGUCCACAAGUUCUGGAUAUUGAUGGUGUUCCGCGAAGUGCCAUUCGAUUUUUUGAUGCUCCGUUUACUACAGAUCUUCACCUUCGGGGUGCUUUCCGUCUACCUAUUGGCAUACCAGAAGCAAUAAUGCCAGCAGAGUGGAAAAACGUUCCUUUCUCAGUUUAUUCUGACCCAUAG